AUGGCAAUGUUCGUCUCUCCGUCGUCCGAGUAUACGACUACCAAACCACCGAAGCCAGAUAUAGAACACAAGGCAAAACGCCCCUGGUGGCACACGUAUUUGCUAUCAGAUAGUCAUAUAUUGUCGCCGAAAGAUGAUAGGCAACGAGUAAAGAUACCGAUGCCAGAGCUGUCGCCGAAAGCGGACCAACAUCGCAAAGCGGCAAGCGUCAAUGAUGCAGACGCAAGAUUAAGAGCUCCCAAAUGGCUGGCGAGUCUGGCAUCCCCUGCGAGUCCGGUUCUUCCCACAUAUCCACCACCAGUGAGGUCGCCCACACCUCCGGGACUACCAUCUUUCGGUACCGAAGAAGCACUCCGUUACUCUGCGCGAUUCCCUGUCGACUCAGGAUUGGCUAAUGGACAAUCCCAUCAGCGAAGCACUCACGGCAGCGCUGGUAAAGGCAAUAGAGUUGAAUCCUACGGCGAGGCGUUGCGAAGGUUCUUUGGUAUCUCGUCAUCAUCUGCUUUCCGGCCUAACGGGCGGGGAUGCACUGUUGUGAGAGCAGCCGAUGGUACUGUGGUCCAAGGGCGCCUCCCUCAUCGGCAGAGCUCCCAUGGCGUUGGUGCGGGCGGUAGAUUAGUUGACCAUCCAUUCCAUCGAAGGAAUCUUUCUACGACACAGUUUGAUAGCGUCGGUGAGAAUGGUGGUGCUGUUGUCCAUACCCAGCCAUUGGACACAGGAAAUUAUUCCAACAUGAGGCGGAAAAACUCACUUCACUCUGGCAUAGCCCGCCCUCCUAUCUCUCGCCUACAGAUAUCUUCAAGCAAUCUCUCACCUGGGCCGAACCACUCUGCGAUCCCUCCAUCACGGGCAACCCUUACUCAUCCUGUGAGUAGAUGUGAAUCUCGCCUCGCAUGUGUCUCACAGCAAGAGGCAACAACGACACCCAUUGUAGGCAUAUCUCCCAUACCAGAUCCUGAACCUCCAGGCUGUUCCCCCACGCGGACACGAUCAACAGCAGAACCUUCGAUUCAAGAAGGAUGUGUCAUGCUUGAGGCUCAACAUGGCCUUCGGCUACCUGCCUCAAGAAUUGCCAACUCCUGUUUUCGCUGUUGUUUGGGAACUAGGAAUGAACAGAGCACGGCCACCUACUCGAAUACUUCUUCCAAUGAUACAUAUACAACCGCAAGGAGCCGGAUCUCAGAUGAUAGCUCGGGUCAACAUUCGCACGCCAACAAUAACAAGAAGGGACCGGUCCAAGAACUUGGGCAGUACUGUUCGAAUAUGUGGGUGUCGUUUCGAACUUUCAUCUCCUCUCAUAGUUAUGGGUCCUCUGCUUGGUUGGACCAGACUCGGGAACCUUUUUAA